UUCUCUCCCAAGGCGUCGAUACUUGUCUGCUUCAGGUGCUGUCCCUUGGAAACGACAUCCUCCCAGAGUACAAAUUACAGUCCCCUAGAAUCGGCAAGUGGACCAUACUGCACUACUCACCUUUCAAGGCGGUCUGGGAUUGGGUGAUACUGCUGCUCGUCAUGUACACAGCGAUAUUCACCCCGUACGUCGCCGCCUUCGUCCUGUCGGAUCCGGAUUACAACAGCAGGAAGAACAAAAAAUACAGCGACGAUCCCAUCGUCAUCAUAGACUUCAUAGUCGACGUCACGUUUAUAGUGGACAUCAUCAUAAAUUUUCGCACGACUUUCGUGAACCGCAACGACGAAGUGGUGUCCCAUCCUGCAAAGAUAGCCGUCCAUUACCUGAGGGGUUGGUUCGUCAUCGACCUGGUGGCCGCCAUACCCUUCGACCUUUUCCUCGUUGGCUCCGAUACCGACGAGGUAAGUUACGUAGCACGCUCCCACGUUCUCCGAGAAUCUUCCUCGCAGGCUGAAUUCUGA